AUGGUCCAUAAGCAUGCAUUCGAAGCGUUGGAUAGAACAAUGAACGACAUUUUCAAUAUCGACACUUCCAACAGAUCAAAUAUCCGCUUUGGAGGAAAGGUUAUUGUUUUUGGAGGCGAUUUUAGACAGAUCCUUCCUGUUGUUCCAAAUGGUGGAAGACAAGAGAUUGUCAAUGCCUCAUUAAGUUCGUCUUAUCUGUGGGAUACAUGUAAGUUGCUGAGACUAACAAAAAACAUGAGGUUAACAGUUGGAAGUUCAGCAUCGGACGCUGAAGAAAUAAAACAAUUUGCAAAAUGGCUUUUGGAUAUAGGUGAGGGAAAUGUUGGUGGUCCAAAUGAUGGAGAAGCAUCAAUUGAAAUACCAAGCGAUCUUCUGAUCACUGAUACAUCGGACCCCAUUUCAACUUUAAUUGAUUUUGUGUAUCCUUCAAUUCUUGAAAACUUCAACAAUCAAAAUUAUUUCAGUGAGAGGGCUAUACUUGCACCUAAGAACGAGGUUGUGCAUGAAAUUAAUGAUCGGUUGUUGUCACUAUUCCCAGGCGAAGAACGAGAAUAUCUUAGUUCAGACAGUCUUUGUCAGUCUGAAAAUCCAAACGCUACACAACAAAAACUAUACUCUCCUGAUGUGCUUAACGGUCUUAAAGUAUCCGGCUUACCUAAUCAUAGGCUAGCACUAAAAGUAGGCGUGCCGGUGAUGCUCUUACGUAACAUUGACCAACAAAAUGGUCUUUGCAAUGGUACACGAAUACAGGCCAAAAAAAUGUAUAACCGUGUAAUAGAAGCCGAGAUAAUAUCCGGAGGGAACAUAGGCACUCGCACUUAUAUACCAAGGAUUAGUUUGAUACCUUCUGAUAAAAAAAUUCCUUUUGAGUUUCAAAGGAGACAAUUUCCGUUGGCUGUUUGUUUCGCAAUGACUAUUAACAAGAGUCAGGGACAAUCACUGUCUAGAGUUGGUCUGUAUUUGAAAUAGCCAGUUUACCAUGGUCAGCUGUAUGUUGCUUUAUCGAGAGUUAAAACCAGAAAAGGAGUUAAACUUCUGAUUUUGGACAAUGACGGCAAACCUACUAAUAAAACGACAAAUGUAGUUUACAAAGAAGUAUUUCGUGACUUGUGAUCUCCAUGUACUCAUUCAUCGUUCGAUCAUUCAUUCCAUGUAACUGUUCUCUAAAAUGAUC